AUGACCAGCCAGAACGAACGUGAACGCGUAGUCGAGACGCUGCCGGAGAUCGAGGGCGGCAUAACGCCCGAAGCCGUCGCCCGUGCCAAGGCGAUGAUCGGCACUCGCAUGCGUACCGAGAACUUUGUUCGCGAUGCGUCCCUGGGCGCACUGCUGAACUUCGUAAACGGCAUCGGCGAUUCGAACCCCAUGUUCCGCGAUCAGGAAUAUGCCGCCUACUCCAAGUAUGGCUCGAUCAUCGGUCACCCAUGCGCCCCUUACAUGCGUCACUGGUCGGGGCGGACCCGCUGGGGACUGCCGGGCGUUCACGGUUUCUUCGCCGGCAACGACUGGGAAUACUUCCGCAACCUGCGUCCCGGUGAUGCGGUCAACUGCAUUGAACGUGUGCUUGACGUCCAGGAGCGCCAGAGCCGCUACUCAGAGACGCUGGUGAUCCAGUUCAUGGAGACUAUCUACACCAACCAGCGUGAUGAGCUGUUGGCCCGUGUCGUUGGGUGGUGCACCCGCCACCAGCGCCGCGCCUCCCGUGAGCGUGGGAAAUACGCCAGCGUCCCGCGCCGCCACGAGUACACCCCCGAGGAAUUGGAGGCCAUCGACCAGCAGGUGCUCGCUGAGAAGGCGCGGGGCGGCCAGCCGCGGUAUUUCGAGGACACCAACAUCGGCGACGAGCUGGAGCCGGUGAUACGUGGCCCUCUUUCGCUGCAGGACGUCUCGGCCUUCCUGGUCGGAACCGGACGCUCCAGCGCCCACGGGGUACUGCUGAGAGAGGCCCUUCGGCACCCUGACCACUUCUUCCGCAACCCGGAGGCAGGUGGCGGGCUGGAAUACACCGGCAUCGGACACCUGCGCGACUCGGUGGCCGAGGCGGUGGGCGUUCCCGGUGCCUAUGACUACGGCCCUCAGCGGGUGUCCUGGAUGGGAACGCUGGUCACGAACUGGAUGGGCGAUGACGCCUUUCUCAAGCGACUCAGAGUGGAAUGCCGCCGCUUCAACGUCUAUGGCGACACGCAGUGGUGCAAGGGCCGGGUCAUCGGCAAGCACGUUCACGACGGUGCGCCCCUCGUGGACCUGGAAAUCUGGGCGGAGAACCAGCGCGGCGAGAUCACGGCCCCCGGUCAGGCUACCGUGAUGCUGCCUUCCCGCGAUCCACGGCUCCCGUGGUUCACCGACGGCCGCGACCUGACCCUCAGAGACGCGCCUCGCAGCGAACAGAUGCCGCCCAUCCUGCCCGAAUAG